UUGUUACCCAGAAACGUCUUUAUCACCACCACUCCUCCUCGCCCACCGUUUGCUCCUCCUCUUCUCCCUCUCAAUCUCGGAAGUAUCCAUUUUUUUCUUUUUCAUUUCUCUUUCUAAUCAUCGAGGCCUCAUCUCUCUUGCCUGAACCACCUGAUUCUCUUUCUCUCACUUGUUGUAUUAGCUACUUCAGCCUUUUCACAUCAUGAUCACUAGGGCUCAGAAUCGAAUCCGAGCUUAAAAGCAAAUGCCUGCUUUUUAGUUCAAUUUUUGGUUUCCUUUACGAGAAAGAAAUGUCUGUUGCAGAGCUAAAGGCCCGCCACGUUGCUGCCACUGAAACGGUGAAUAGUCUUAGAGAACGCUUGCAGCAGAAGCGCCUUCUGUUGCUAGACACUGAUGAUCUGAUUGAAGUUGUGGCAGUUGCGGGAUACGCGAAGGCGCAUGGGAAGUCUUCUGUAAGCUUCGGGGCCACCGAUCUGGUGUGCUGUAGGACGCUUCAGGGACAUACUGGCAAGGUGUAUUCAUUGGAUUGGACUCCUGAAAAGAAUCGAAUUGUCAGUGCAUCUCAGGAUGGGCGGUUGAUAGUGUGGAAUGCCCUAACAAGCCAGAAAACUCAUGCCAUAAAGUUGCCUUGUGCUUGGGUCAUGACUUGUGCCUUCUCUCCAACUGGUCAGUUUGUUGCUUGUGGUGGUCUUGAUAGUGUUUGCUCUAUUUUCAACCUCAAUUCACCAUCAGAUAAGGAUGGGAACCUGCCAGAAUCAAAGAUGCUUAGUGGGCACAAGGGUUAUGUUUCCUCCUGCCAGUAUGUGCCAGAUGAGGACACUCAUCUAAUUACAAGUUCUGGUGAUCAUACUUGUGUUUUGUGGGAUAUUACAACAGGCCUUAGAACUUCCGUGUUUGGAGGAGAGUUUCAGUCUGGACACACUGCUGAUGUACUAAGUGUUUCUAUUAAUGGAUCAAACUCAAGAAUGUUUGUAUCUGGUUCAUGUGAUUCCACUGCCCGAUUGUGGGAUACCCGUGUUGCAAGUCGAGCUGUGCGCACUUUUCAUGGGCAUGAGGGAGAUGUCAAUACUGUGAAGUUCUUUCCAGAUGGCAAUAGGUUUGGAACCGGAUCAGAUGAUGGAACUUGCAGGUUGUUUGACAUUAGAACUGGGCACCAACUCCAAGAAUACUAUCAACAGCAUAGUGACGAUGAGGUUCGACAUGUGACCUCUAUUGCAUUCUCCAUAUCCGGAAGACUUCUCUUUGCCGGAUAUUCAAAUGGUGAUUGCUAUGUUUGGGAUACUUUAUUAGCGCAGGUUGUUUUGAACCUGGGAUCUCUGCAAAAUUCACAUGAGAGCCGGAUAAGCUGUUUGGGCUUGUCAGCAGAUGGAAGUGCCCUGUGUACAGGAAGUUAUGAUACAAACCUAAAGAUUUGGGCUUUUGGAGGCCAUAGGAAGGUGAUUUGAAUUUCUUUGCAGUUCUCUCUUAUGUAAGGCUCAUUGGUUCCUGCUACCGUCAAUGCCUUGUGCUUCCUUGGUAGAAUUUCAAUAUGUUGUGUAAGUUGAUGUGAAGAAGGCAUAAUCGGUACUAUUGCCUCUAGUAAUCUCUAAAUGAGAAAACUGAGUUUUAAAGGAAGAAUGGGGAAAAUGUUGCAGGAAAACGUGAAUAGUUGGGCUUGCCCUGGCUGGAGGUCUAUCGGCCUAUUGUUUUUCCUCCCUUUGUAUUCUUUGCCCAUUUAUUGUAACAGGAAAACUGGGUUCUCGAGGACUACUCGUUAUUUCUUCAGUAAAAUCGAUUAAAUAGUGCCCAAGACCACUGUACUUAAUCCUGUGAGAAGAGAACCUGACUCGUUAUCUUCUAAGAAUGUGCAUUUGUUUAGCUUAAA